ACCAAAAGCACUUUCACUGGAGGAGAAGAAAUAUCUGCUAGCUGUUGAAAGAGGAGACUUGGCAAAUGUGCGACGUAUGCUGCAACGAGCACACCGUAAGAAAACAUUCGACAUCAAUUGUGUCGAUUCACUGGGGCGAGGCGCUCUAACGAUUGCAAUCGACGCAGAGCAUUUAGAAAUGGUUGAAUUGCUUGUAAUUAUGUCAGUGGAAACCAGAGACGCUUUACUGAUAGCAAUCAAUGCUGAAUUUGUUGAGGCUGUAGAACUUCUUCUAGAGCACGAAGAACUUAUCCAUAAGGAAGGCGAACCUUACAGUUGGCAAAAGGUUGAUGUGAAUACAAGCCAAUUUACACCAGAUAUAACGCCCCUGAUUUUGGCUGCGCAUAAAAACAAUUUCGAAAUUUUGAAGAUUCUUUUGGAUCGUGGUGCUGCUGUUCCAACUCCACAUGAUAUCAAAUGCGGUUGUGAUGAUUGUCUUCGAAAAUCAUCGGAAGAUUCAUUACGAUUCUCAUUAAGUCGUGUUAAUGAAUAUCGUGCAUUGGCCAGCCCAUCACUUAUUGCACUUAGUUCGGCCGAUCCACUAUUGACUGCCUUUAGAUUGUCAUGGGAAUUACGUAAUUUAGCGUUUGCCGAACAAGAAUGUAAAUCGGAAUAUUUAGAAUUGCGUCGCCAGUGUCAACAAUUUUCCGUUGAUCUAUUGGAUCAAUCACGUAGCUCACAAGAAUUGGCCAUUAUUCUAAAUCACGAUCCAGAAGCACCACCAUACGCUGAUGGGGAUCAUAUGAAAUUGGCUCGAUUGGAAAUUGCAAUUGAAUAUAAACAAAAAAAGGUAAUUUGUUGA